AUGAAUGUCAUCGAAUCUGUCCUGGCUAACAACAGCAUAACUUGGCACAUGACACCACCGAAAGCACCUCACUUCGGCGGUUUAUGGGAGGCCGCAGUUAAAGUCGCUAAAAAGCAGCUGUAUCGGCAACUAGGAAAUUCUCGCCUCCAAUUCGAAGCCAUGUCAACGGUGCUCACACAAAUCGAGGCCAGCAUGAACUCUCGUCCACUUGUUCCACUAUCGGAGGAUCCUGAAGACCUUACUGCACUGACACCCGGCCACUUUUUGAUCGGUGCACCUAUGCAAUCCCUGCCUGACCACGACGUUCGUUGCAUCCCUACCGAUCGCUUGAGCCAUUAUCAACAGCUGCAGCAGCUGCAUCAAAACUUCUAG